AGGAGAGGCGAGGCAAGGAGAUAUCCAGGACGUGGUGCUUCUUUCUACAGCAGUUUGAGAGUAAUGAGCACACUGCACACACUUGAGAGAGUAGAAUAAGAACCGGCAUGGAUGAGCACACUGUAGCAGUCUACCAGAACACGUCUGUCCUCUCAAGCCCUGAUGAUGAGCCUGUGUUUGAUGUGCCUCAGAAAGUCUGAGCCGCACAAGCGCGCGUGUGCGCGCGCGUGUGUGUGUGUGCUGAGCGCGCACGUGUGUGUGUCCGUCUGACAGUCGAAAGCUGGUAGGUUGGGAAGGUGCAGCUCCUCGUCACUCUGAGUAGGACUUACCAGACGAGGAGGCGCACUCUUUCACACACACGCGCACAUGCUCACGGCUCACACUAUGGUUCACCCCCUCUUACUUUUCUCUCUAUCACUCUAUGCUCUCAAAGGUUGCUGGGCUGAGGUUGAGUGUCCUCUGGGUCAGUUCCCCUGUGGCAACCUGUCAGUUUGUUUGCCUCAGCCCCAACAUUGCAAUGGCCUGCAGGACUGCCCUAAUGGAGCUGAUGAGGAAGAUUGCGUGGACAACAGUGGCUGGCCUCAGCUGUUCGAUGCCUUCAUGAAGAAAACGAUCCAAGAGGAAGAAGAGUGCUUGCUGGACGUGUAUCCUGACCAGUGCCAGUGCGAGGGGCGAGUGGUGAACUGCCACAGUAGAAACCUUCUGCAUGUACCCGCGGUCUCCUCCAAUGUGACCGUCCUAGUGCUGAACAGCAAUCAAAUCACAUCUCUACCCCCAGAUUUAUUCAUCCGCUACAGACACCUGGAAAAACUGCACUUGCAAAACAACAGCAUUGAGGUCAUUUCCAGAAGAGCCUUUUCUGGCUUGUUCUCUCUACGCCAACUAUACCUGAGCUGGAACCGGAUUUCAACACUCAAGGCAGGGAUAUUCAGUGACCUUCAUAACCUCCAGUGGCUCAUCCUUGAUGAAAAUGAGAUAAGCUCUUUACGGCAGAGGGCCUUUGAAGGCUUGAAGUCAUUAUAUUACCUUUCCUUAGUGAAUAAUUCCAUGGAGCAGCUCCCAAGGACAUCCUUCUGCUUGGAGAUGCCUCGUUUGCACUGGCUGGACCUGGAGGAAAACAAGAUAACAUCUCUGAGCGAGUCCAGCUUUGAGGAGUGCACCACUUUACAAGUGCUUGUCCUGAGGAAAAACUGUAUUGGGACUAUUGAGGAGGGAACCUUUUCAGCUAUGCAUCGACUAAUAGAAUUGGACCUGUCGGUCAACCAAAUCCAAGAACUCCCUCCGCCAUUAUUUCAGAAUCUGAAGAGUCUUCAGCAACUGAACAUCUCAAAUAACCCAUUGGCCAAAAUAUACGAGGAUCAGUUUGACAGUUUUGUCAAUCUUCAAUCUCUGAGUAUGGAGGAGGUUGAGAUCCCAAACAUUAGUAUCCGCAUGUUUCGGUCUUUCAGCAACUUGUCCCACAUCUAUUUCAAGCGCUUUGAGUACUGCGGCUACUCGCCCAGUGUGCGCAGCUGCAAGCCCAAUACCGACGGCAUCUCCUCGUUCGAGAACCUGCUGGCAAACAUCAUCCUCCGCGUCUUCGUCUGGGUGGUCGCCUUCGUUAUCUGUUUCGGAAAUAUCUUUGUCAUCUGCCUCCGAUCGUGCAUAGCCAGUGAGAACCAACACCACACAAUGGCCAUCAAGUCUCUAUGUUGUGCAGACUGUCUGAUGGGCAUAUAUCUUCUCUUCAUCGGUGCCUUUGACAUCAAGUACUGCGGCGAGUACAACCGCCACGCCCAGAUCUGGAUGGAGAGCCUGUCCUGUCAGCUGAUCGGCUCGCUGGCCAUGCUGUCCACCGAGGUGUCGGUGCUCAUGCUGACGUACAUGACGCUGGAGAAGUACCUGUGCAUCGUCUUCCCCUUCCAGAAUUUCCACGUGGGCCGCAAGCAGACGCUCUGCAGCCUGACCAUCAUCUGGGUCUUGGGCUUCAUCAUUGCAGUCAUCCCAUUCUGGGACAAACAGACUUUUGGGAAUUAUUACGGCCGCAACGGAGUUUGCUUUCCACUACACUCAGAACAAAUGGAGAAGCCUGGAGCUAGGACCUAUUCCACAGUGAUAUUCCUGGGUUUAAAUCUGGUCGCCUUUGUCAUUAUCGUGUUCUCCUACUCCAGCAUGUUCUACUCGGUGCAGAAGACAGCAAAAACAGCGCGGCAGAUGGUGUACGACCGCGAAGUCGCCAUAGCGAAGAGGUUCUUUUUCAUCGUCUUCACAGAUGCAAUGUGCUGGAUUCCUAUAUUUGUGCUCAAGAUCCUCUCACUGCUAAGAGUGCAUAUCGCAGGAACGAUGAUACUGUGGGUAGUGAUAUUCAUCCUGCCUAUAAACAGUGCUCUGAACCCAAUCCUUUACACAAUCACCACGAGAGCCUUCCAGGAAAGAAUUAAAGUCUGCCUCAGGUACAAGUGCCACCAAACCAACUGAUGGACUUACUCCCUUCUGUUUCCCAACACGCACACACAGAAACACACACACACACACACACACACACACACACACACACACACACACACACAUACACACACACACACACACACACAGAGACAUACAGCACACACACAAUGGGCCCUAGUUUGGCGGCGAAAACUCGGUGAGAACUCUGUUUUACGCUGAGGCGUGGAUUUUGAAUAUAGGUAUGACAACACAUCCUUCUUUGACAGGGAAAAUUGGCAAAUAAAUAUCUGCAAAAAAGCUGCAAUUAUAUGUCAACAAAUUGAUUUGUUUUGAACAACAGAAGAAGCUCUACAGUUUAUUAAUUGGAAAAGUGCUUCUGGCAAACACCCGAACCCAUGGCAUUAUUGCCAUGUGACACAUUGUAAUGUAGUCUGACGCAUUCAGUUUAAAGGGAUUGCUCGGCAAUGCUAUUGGUCGACUUUAACCAAACCUUUAUUUAAUUAACUUUGGCCUGGCUCUGCCCAGUUAGUGCAGUUGACCACAACUUUCUGAAACAUAUCUUUUUGUGCAACAGUAGUUUUCGCCUGCUGUUUUUUGCCCCUCAAACUAGGUACCAUUGUCUCACACAGAAUACAAUACAUGCACAAGGACAGAUGGUGAGGUAUUUUACACAAGGAAAAGUUAUCAAUAAAGAAUUGUACUCAUUCUCCGAACAAAUCCUGUCCAUGUACAACAUAGAGAAUAGAAGAGUAGUCUCAUGAGCACAUAUACCCUUGCAGCACAUUCACAGAUACCUACCUCAUACAGACAGGUGGAACAAUUCCACUCAUACCAUACAAGGACUCACACACACACACUUACAGCACUCACAGCUACACAUUCACAUCUCAUCUACACUAGCUAUAUUGUAAGACAAUACAUGAAUAAUACAUAAAUAAAUGGCACAUUUAACAAUGCAAAUGUAUCUGUAUAGGUCAAAACAUGCAGUUUGAUGAUUACUUAAAUCAGCCACAAACUCAACCAAAAGAUGGUGUGUUGCAGAGCAGGACAUGUGUUUAAAAGGCCAUUUCCUUACACAAAUCAUCCACAGAGCUAUUUGUUUGUCUGUUGGCGUUUCUCGUGUGAAGAUGAAUGUAAUGCCUGAAGAUGAUAAAAGAAAAUAAAUCCACUGCUGUUAUGUUUUCAUGAA